AUGUUCGCCAAAAUUUUCGCCCUCGCCGUCUGCCUCUUCGGCCUGGCCCAUGCUGGAGCUCUCUACGCUCCUGCUACCUCCUAUGUCUCUAGAAUAGACAACAACGGCGCCUGGAACGGCAUCAAUGGUGCCUGGAACGGCCUCGGAGGUGCCUGGAAUGGCGUCAACGGUGCCUGGAACGGCGUCAACGGUGCCUGGAACGGCGUCAACGGUGCCUGGAACGGCGUCAACGGUGCCUGGAACGGUGUCAACGGCGGCUGGAACCGUGUCAACGGUGCCUGGAACGGUGCCUGGAAUGGCGUCAACGGUGCCUGGAACGGUGUCAAUGGUGGAUACAGCUACGGCGCCCUCAACAGAUGGUAA